AUGUCAUUGGCCUUCUCGUCAUCUUCGUCUUUGCGAUACGCAACGGAGACAACGCCGUGUAUACUGUUGGGACGCCCAGCCCUCUUUCGAUUGCUGGUCCUGGUAACAACAAUGGCAAAGUUUGAAAGCAGUGGAGGAUCACCUACAAACACAAAUCAAGGAAACAACCUACCACUUCUCAAUAGCUCGGAGCAAGAAGUAGAACGGCUUAUGAACAAGAUUCGACAGUCUUUUGGCAUAAGAGAUUCACCUAAUCCACCACCAUAUAUUCUUCGUAAUGGCGAGAUGGAGUGCAAAGAUUACAACACCUCUUGUUCUGAAUUUCAAAGGGAUGGUUAUGUGUCUACUAUGACAUCAGAUUGGAUUGUCCGCUGA